AUGUCGCAUUUCUCCCUCAGCCCAAGAAUGGGGGAAGAGCGAAGAUAUGUCCGGUCUUUGUCGGAUAUCACCUCGCCCCCUCACCCUUCCAGUCCAUCGUUCUUACACCGCAAUGAAGCACAUCCAUAUCGAGAAAGUGGAUCUCGACCUCGAUCGACGUACAAUCUGCCUUACGGACGUUCUACCAGUCCAAAGCCAAUGCAACGAUCGUUACCUAACCCUUCUCACUUCAACGAACCCGGACCAAGCUCCGCGGGAUCAAGGUUCAGACCACCCCGCUCGGAAUAUACUCAGAAUGCCAUGAAUCAAGUCGGACCACCACCCCUGGCACCGUAUGUCACAGCUGAUAGACGGUAUCAUGCACCCAAACCAUCCUCUCAACAGUGGCUUGGACCCGAUGGAAGACGCUCAGAACCACAAAACAGACCGGUAUUCCCACCUCCUCCGAAACCACCACCUCCGCAUAUAGUCGCUUCUACCUCUUCUUCCUCAUCCUCCUCGACAUCACACCAUAAUAAACCAGAUCCACCUUCGUUCCAACCUCGCUCCUAUUCUCAUUCACCUGAUCGCUCGGUAAUCCAACACCAAUCACUACAUCUUGACAGGCCAACAACGACGACUCACUCAACUCGAUAUCCUACCAUGUUCCGACCUCCCGAGGCAUUCACUUCUGCAGCUGAUCGCAGUUCCUCUUACUGUUCUCAUCAAAUACCGCAAAAUUCUCCUUCGUCGUCUUCUAGUCUACACAACCGACCUUAUCAACAUGGUGAACCUCUUAGUCGAACUCAUUCUCAUGAAUCCCAACAUUCCCAUCACUCUUACUCGAUGCAACGAGAACAUUCCGGAGGGUCGAGUAUUAGCGGAUCAAGUCAUACGGGCACUUCAUCGUUGCAAUCUGGACAACCUUAUCCCAUGGGUGGGUACAAGAAGAAGAGGACUCGAGCCUUGAUGACUCAUAUGCAACAAUCGGGCUUGACGAGACUUUGGAGAAACACUAAAUUUCCGACAGGAGCAGAUAGAGAGAAGUUGGGACAGGAGAUUGGAUUGACACCUCGUCAAGUUCAAGUAUGGUUCCAAAAUCAACGUCAAAAGGGUCGAAAGGCGAUAAUGGUGAAUGGUGGGAUACCUGAAGGAGAGGAUCCAGCAGAUUAUGAAGAUCUGCAGAAAUCACCUAGGUCUCGUCGGAUGUCGGUUGAUGGAGAUGAUAGAGAGAGGAUAUCGGCUUGGGCUGGAAGUUCGAAUUCAUCCGCUUCGACCAGAUUGUUGUUAGAUCCUCCUUCUUCCGCUGGAUCGAAUUACCAUGAACCGAUGAUUCAUCAGCCAAGACCGUUCGCAUCUUCGUAUCAUGAUGAUCUACUUCCGCCACGUAGUGCGAUAUCGCUGAGAAGUCCGUCACCUUACGAACGAUGGGAACAUGAACAAAGGGAUCGUGGUGUAAGGGAAGAUAAAGGGACACAAGCAGAUCACGAUGGUUCACAUCAUUCACAUUGUCACCAUAGAAGAUCCCACUCCCACUCUCAUCCUCAUUCGCACUCUCACUCGCAAUCUGACCUCAACAGCCACUCGCAUCAUCCGACUGGUCUACCCCGAUACCCGACCUAUCCUUCAACGACUUCAUCCUCUUCACGUUCUUAUCAACAUCAUCAACAUCAUCAUCAUUAUCAUCAUCCUCCGACAAGUGGCGAUACGAGUGGAAGAUUACCACCUAUUUCGUCUAAUUGGGAUAUCAACAGUCGGGAUACUCAACGACCCUUCCCAUCGGUCCUCGAACCUAUAUCUCAAUCUUCAUAUCUACCAGCUAUACUCUCACCUUUAUCUACAAGUAGUUCUUCUCGACCUGAUACUCAACAGACCCAGACUCAGGGAGAAGGACAGGGCUGGACACCAUUGCCUAUCAAACGAAGGAGAUCAUCACCCAGCUUGAUACCUGAAUCAAUUAUCAAACCUACCUAUCCAGGUAAUAUUGAACCUUCACAAACUCAUCAGAAGAAUAUCAGAUUCUCAAGAUCUAGAUCGCACUCUGGUGAAGAUCAUCCUCACCCUCAUACCCAGCUCGGUGAUGAAGACGAACAACCAAUCACUUCUCGUAGCCAUUUACCACCUGAAUUAGCUAGGAUAGCUAUAACUGGACCGUUAGAGAGGAUAUACCCUGCUCAUGAGGAGAAACGAGAAGGAGAAGAAAGGGGAUUGGAUUUGGUAUUACCGAGGAUCAGUAAAUCCCUUUCUCCUAUGGGUGCUGGAUCAGGACAUAUCGAUCAAACAGGGAAGGAUAGAGGUCAUGUGAGAGGCAGAUCAGAAGGACCGGCUAAGAAAGAAAUGAGGAGUGAAUUAGAGGAAGAAGAGGGUGAUGGCAAUGAUUCAGCCACAGAAAAGGAAUCAAGGAGACCGACUUCGUCGAAUCUUAGAAAUCUAUUGGACUGA